ACAGAAGUCAUUUUCAAAGCUGGAAAAAUCAAUACAACUACCAGGAACCCAGGGUUGUUCGCGUGUGAGAAAAUCACAUUCGCUAAACCGUUCUCUGGUGGAAAGCAAGUGAAAGUGUUUGCUUCGUCUGGACACUCAGUGAACAGCCAAACCCGUGGUAAUGGUGCUGCUAUUUGGGUGGAAUCAGUAGAUAGAACUCAAUUCCGCGCUUGCAUCUACGAGUACAGCAACGGCUCAAAUACAACUGCUGAGAUAAACUGGAUUGCCCUACAAUCUGCCCCUCCGGGGGCACAACUAGGAACCACUUCCUUGGACUCUUGGACUACCGGAACAGAAUGUAAGAAGAUCUACUUUCCUCAGGUUAGUUUAAUUUUGAAAAGAAUAUGUUCACUGUACAAAGUAACGUGAUUGAUUGCAAAAAGGAAGAAUCCAGAACGGUCAGACAAAGUGGUCUUGCAAGAUGAACAAAAUAACGAUAUGCAUAAGGUUACUACUCAUGUGGAGAAAGUUUCUAUUAAUCAUAGUCUGGAAAUGUAUCAUUUCUUCGAGUUCUCAGAAAGAUGUAUAUUAAAAGAGAGUUUUUCCUAUGAUAAAACCAUUGAAUGAACAAGGUCAGUUUGUUAAUACAUCCUUCUCCCUUUUUCUUUUGCUGCAUUUUGAUUGUUUGUUUUUGGGACGCCCAGUGUUACGGCUAAGUCAUAAGCGCAGUUGAAUGUAUUAGAGGAGAAGGUAGGAUAAAUUGUUUUGAUUCGCCAAUUAAAAGUUGAUUGUUGGUGUGGUUCCCUGCUAAUCGCACUCGGCCUUUGCCACACAAAUGGAACUUUCAUCUUGCCGUUGAGAAGCCAAAUCCGAUUUCGUUUUGCAAUAAAGGACAUUCUUGGAUUCCUGACAGAUUACACUCUAAAAUAAUAUUAUUGUCAAACAUUUUCUUUGGCUCAAACGCAAAGAACAUAAUGCAUGCCUCCUUUGAUGCUGAAAAACGUUGUCCUGACCCUUCAUCAUGCAAUUAUUUGUUCAAACGCUGGACGUGUGUUCACUUCUGUAGAAUCAUUUUCCUAUCCGACAGAAGUUCUUUAACAUUAUAUAACAGACACAUAAUGAUCGAUUUGCAACGCAUUUGAAUAAAGAAAUAUUAAGCACAAAUAAUCUUUUGGUUGACACUACGCUCUAACUUGAUCGAUUUUUUUUUUCUUUUUUUUUUAUGCGUGGAAUAACCUACUAAUCCGUGCAAUUACCAAUUCACGCAAUGACAAUACCAGCCACAAAGAAAGCGAAGAGACGUCUAACACACCUUUCCCUGCCCCCUCCAACCAUAAGACGUUUGCACGGUUAUGUAGGACUCCAGGGUGUAUUAAACUUAACCAGUCAACCUUUCAACACCAGCCCCCACCAUUCCGAAGAGUGAUGUGCUCUUCAUGAACUACACUUAUACCUACCCAUAUAAUCCGUCAUACACUGACACUUGCAUUCACAUACAACAAGUCUUGAAUAUAAGCAAUGAAACAUUAGCCUUUAUAAUGGUAAAGUUAGUUUCCAAUUGCUAUCUAAUCUAUUAUUUUAUAAAACAAUAACACGGAACGCAUCAAACAUUGUUGAAAUUGAUGUAAAUUUUUAGUUACAAUGAAUUUAAUUUAGAAAUAUUAAGGUUGCAAAACAAAGAGAUUUUACAGUCAGUCACCGUGUACAGAUUUAUUAUUUUUUGCCUUUCCUUUGUUAACGAAUUUGAUAACGUUGUUCUUCAAACGCGGUGUGCGUGCCGGUACUAUACGGAAAUACAUUGUAGCUCUCAUUUUGUGUGUGUGUGUGUGUCACUUUCCUCUGUCUAGAAUUUUCAGUGCUCUUUUAUUUGUAAUUCGGAAAAAUUUUUCUCCUUAUUUUUAACACUAUAAUAGUAUUAUAGUAUUAUUAUUAUUGUUGUUGUUAUAGUAAUAUUAUUAAUUGUUCAGUUAAAACUAAUCCAUUUUUCUUCUUCUUUUUUUAUUUAAAGCGUUUUUUGACCUCUCCAACUUUGCUUGCAACUCCAAGUCACCAGUUUCCUGAGAGACCUCAAGACGCCAUGGCAGUCUGGGUGGAAGAAUUGACUGGGGACAGUUUCAAAAUCUGCCUCAGGGAAGUAAAGAUUUUCGACGGACUUCACAAAGGCAUUGCUAUUGUGAGCUUGAAAUUUUAAAUUGCUUUUCAAAGAUCUUUUAAUAUUUCCAUUCAAUUAUUUUUUCUGCAAUGAGCUGCCCAAAGACGCUUAUUUGCUCUUAAGUUUAUCAUAAUCAUAAGAAAAAUGGUCGAAGUUAUCAUAGAUUUGUAAAAUUCUUACGUAUUAAGUUAUACAAUAAAUAAAUAUGCCAAAAUUUUAAGUCCAGUUCUUUUUAAUAUGUAAUUUCGAAUUUGGUAAAACAUUGAAGUAAAAAUACAUUCCCUAAGUAUAUUUCUGUUACCAUUUACUGCUUUGGAAGUCAGCAGGAACGCUUUCUAGCUUGAACAUUAGUAUGGGUAAUUAAACGAUUUAAUGAGCUAUAUUUUAGUACUCGUUUAAAUGAAUUGAAAUCAGGUUCCUUCUUUCGUAAAACUUUAGUGUUAUGCAGACCGCGGGGAAGGAGCUUUUGCCAGGCUCCAAACUUAAGGUUCAUGCUUAAUGAGUACCAAGCUUAGCGAUCUUUCUAAAACUUGUCUGGAAACAUUUGUCCCCAGUGUCAAAGUGUCCUCUGCCACCGAUUGUUGACAGCCAUAUUUUGCAAAAUUUGGAAUUUUCACUUUCAUGCGUUUUUUUUCUUUUUUUCUAGAUUUUCUGAUUGACGUAAAUGAUUAAAAAAAAUUUAAAGAGAAAAUUGUAAAAAUGCAAUCAAGGUUUUUGAGGCUCUUAUUUGAUAAAAGAUGUGGAUUUGAAGAAAAUUAAUGUACAGAAGUGUUGAGAUAAUUUUCCAAGAAUGUUCAUUUCCCUCUGAAUUUUAUUGCUGGCACAUUAAGUGUGCUUUCAGAAUAUUCUUCUACACACAAAUAAGCAAAACAAAUACAUUUAACUUGUUCAAAAUCAAUCAAACAGUGAAAAUGUAUUCUUCAAAUAUCCUAAGGGUGUCUAUUUAAGAUCUGCAAUUCAGGUGCAGUGUUCAGUUAGUUUUAUUUGAAUUGACAUCAAGAUAGACUCUGUAAUAUCGGUAAGGCUUAUCGCUACGAAAUUGUUAGAAAUAUUCUUUAGUGGGACAAGUGUCUUCAGCCUUCCCUUAAUGACACGAUAGUGGAGUUGAAUUCGAACACUCCAUCGACGAAACUGGAUUGAAAUGCUCUCAUUUCUUACAGAUGCAUGCCCGAUUGAAAGUUCCAGUUCCUCCUGUUCAUCAUGCUGCCACUUCUGUUGUUAAGGGCAUUAAUCAGUGUUAGCCUACUUCGCAAUUUAAUCAGACACCUUCCCUUCUAUUAUACUCAAGCUGAAGUCACAUUACAUAAUUUUGUCGGUCAGUUUAUCGCAAGAUGUUAGAUAUGUUGAGUACAUUAUUAUGACCAAAUUAUCUGGUCUAGCUAUAUUAUCAUAUGCAGUUUUUGAGUUAUGGGGGGGCGUGCCUCUAACUCCCCCCAUUUAGCUUAAUAGAGGACAGCUGAUUUAGUAACAUUAUAUGGCAAAAACGGCUCCAAAUUUCUAAAAUAUGAUUUUUUUUCCAUUGCCGCAGAACUGGAUGGCUUAUACAAACCUCAGUGUUGGAAACUUCACAUUAACUGAUAGCCUCUUGUUUACAAAUUAUAACUUGUUAUCUCAGCAAGCUAACUACGCCUUUUGCCAGGUAUGAAAGUAAAUUGUUAGGUUGCUAAAUGGAGCACUAAAAUUUCUUUGCAUUAAGAAAAUCGAAAGCGGGAUGAUGUUCCUUUUUAGCAGAACCAAUAAACAACUAAUCCUUAAGUUGUUCUGAAUAUUCUGCAUUGUGCGUUAAUUCAUGGAGUAGUCUGAGAAACAAGUCGAAACUUGCUUGUUAAAGUCAUUUGUUCAUUUUAUUUAUAAUUCUCAUCUUUUGCCAUUUAUCUUAAAUAAAAAAAAAAAGUUGUUUUUAACAAGCUUUAUCUUUCUUUGACAGAAUAUCAACUUUACAGACGAAUUCUAUGCUCCUCCUGUGGUGAUAGUGACGGCAAAACGCAUCAACAACGAUUCGCGUUUGUCUGGGUGUAACGCAAUCACCGCUUGGGUCGAGGUAAAAUUGUUUUACAAACUUGCAGAUGGCAAAAGAUUAAUUUAGCGUUGAAUCUUAAUAAAUAUGAUCAAUCCAUGCCGUGAAUAAAUGAAAGAAAUCCCAGAUUGACAAGAAAGACAGAAAGUGUAAGAAAAUCUUUUCACAAAGUUUAACGCCACGCUAGUAUUAUAUUCUUGGUGGUUUUCACGUGACGUCAUCAAAAUUCAUACAAAUUCAUCAGUUUUAGAGCAGCAUAACCCGUAUUUUUACAAAUUGUCUGUUCGAAAGGGCUCUUCGUUUUGUCAGUGAUAAACUACGCUGUUAAUUUUUAACCUUUUGCGUGACGCGGCAUUUGAAGGAUCUGGAAGGGCCUAUAGGAAUCUGCCGGAUAUUGGGUUAGAAAAUUUUCUCCUUUUUUUAAGAUUGUGCCAUCGCAAAAACCGACAUUUUUGUUGGUUUCUGGCCGCUAUAUUGUUGUCCCUCAGAGGAACAACAACAUCAAGCUCUGUAAAUUUGGGGAAAAAAUUGUAUCAGUAUUUCUUAUAACAGGAAAUAUUACAAAGGCCUGAGUCCUUGCAAAGGUUGUUUGAAUGUAUUUAUCUUCUUUCAUUUCCCAGAUUCAGUGGACUUUCUUUAUUGCACAGAAUCGAUUUCCAUUUUUGAUGGAGUGACAGUGAUAACUGGUUCAAAGGAAUUGGAAGAUGAAUAAAAUGGUUAACCAAAUCAACUUUUUUUUUAGCAUAUACGAUUCCUCUUACUGAUUCCUAAACAUUCAAACAACUGUUUAUAUCUGUGUUUAACCGUGCAGUUUUACGUCAGUUUUCGGCAAAGUGUCUUAUCACCUUUACGUUUUGAUCGUUUGUUUAGUAGAAUUUUCAACACUACUUUGGAGUAAUAAUGUUAUCAGCAAUCUCGAUUUUCUACCCUUAGUACACGUCCACCGCAAAUACAGAGAUUUGUGUCCGAGUCUAUGAAGCCAAGAGCAAGGAUACCAUAAAAGUCGAUUAUCUGAUUACUGGAGGUAGGUAUAUCACCCAGUAAUGUAAUAAUUUACCAAGUUAACCGUUAAAAAGUUAAAAGUUAACCGCUAAUGUAAUAACUCUGCGACCAUUCAUGAAACAAACUCAAAGAGAAAAGCUAAUUGUUUUUUUUGAGAUUAUUAGGAUUUAGAAGAUCAUAUGGUGCACGGCAAAAAAAUAAUCAUACGACCUCCUGCUUUGAUGUCAAGUAAUGCCGUUUCAACGCAAUAAGUCAUUUAGGACUUGUUCCAUACACUUGUUCCCUUUUACUUGAAGAAUUUAAAAUCUACUUCUCUUGAAUUAUUUCUUAGCUAAUUUAGGCUCUAGUUUAAAGACUAAUAUUGUCACUUCGUCUCGUUAACACUAACAGAUCCUUUAAGAUUGGUGUUUAAUUUAUAAGCGUCAGCUCAACAUGAAUUCCCGAUAAUAAGAAUGAUAGCAUCUAUCAAAGUUAAAGCAAAAAAAACAACAACAACAACAGCAACAACAACAACAACAAAACAACAAUCAAGCCCUGCUCUUGAUUAAUACUCUUAUAGACCAAAUCGGUAUGAGCACUUUCCGUUAGAUAUAUUAUGCACACAAAAUUAAUGAUAAUUAUGCAUCUUUUGUUUUACACAGACCUGGAUCCUUGUAUAGAUGGCGUACACUGUGAUUAUCAUGGUCUAUGCAAAGCUUUUGGACCAUACGAUGCCCGCUGUGUGUGCAUAGACAGUUGCCCAUCUUAUCAAGAGCCUAUCUGUUCUUCUAACGGAACGACGUAUGACAACAAGUGUCUCUUUAAGCAGGAAAUGUGUUUGUUACAGCUGAACUUUACUGUGCAGCAUCCUGGGAGCUGUGAAGGUAUCAGUGAUCUCGUAAUUUAUGUUAUCAAUUGCCAUUUAAUUCAAUCUCCCAAAUUAACAACACCGAAAAAAAGAAACGUCAAAAAGUCUUCACUAACAACGUAUCGAUAUCACAUCUUCUGAAUCUCUAUCAUCAGUACCAGUUGAAAGUCGUUUUAAAGGUAUAAACUGGUUAUUAAAGCGAAGCUGAUCUCUGAACAUAUUUCUAUAGCAAAAGCACAAACGAGGAAAUUUUACCGUGACACGAUUUAAUUAAAGCAAAAAAAUUCGUCGUUUUAGUAACGUAAAAAGUGAAAAACUGAGGUCAUUUAGUAAGGUGAACAUCAGUUUAUGACUUAAAAAAAUAUAUAAUCUUGUCUAAAGAGGAGCUCGAGACAAAUCGCCUCAUGACAACUCGAACCCUCUCAUUUCUUUUUUUUUUUUUUUUCUUUACAUUUGCGUUUUUGUACUACUUUGCAGGGUUCCCAUUUCAGCGUGACCGGCGUCACAUGCCUCAUAUACCUUCCUUGGGAUACUCUCACUGUGAAGUAAUUGGUUUCCGACCAUUUGUGUUCUACCCUGAUAAACCCGUUCAAGUGCAGGUAACUGUCAAUCACAUCGAUACAAGGGACAUGAAUUACGUCCACGAUGCUGCUGUGUCGUGGAUUGAAGAUGUGACCUACGAACAAUUCACUGCGUGCGUGAUGGCGGCUGGUUUCAACGAGCGCAGGUCCCGUGCUAAUGUGUCCAUAGACUGGAUAGCUUAUCAAGGAGCCCCAGAAGGUGGGGUCAGUGGAGAGGUGCGCAUGUCACAGUGGUGGACUGGAACAACAUGCAAGACAGUGCGUUUUCCUUCAGUAAGCGAUUUUUUCACUGCUCUAAAAUGUGCUUUACUUUAUUUAUUGUUACCUUGGUUUACUAAAGUUUUGCCUGGUUGCACUGAAUGACUAGGGAGAAAAAGAGUGAUUUACACGUAAAAAGUAUAGUUUUAUACCUACGUUUUAGCGACGACGGCAAACCUCCCUGAAUUUCGUUGUCGACGAAGGUUGGACGACGUUUUAACAACUUUACACAUGCCCAGGUUAGCGCGGAAAAAUUUCACUUCAAUUCCGGUCGGCGUCGUCGUCCCAUUUCGUCGUCGAUGCUUAAGGUCCCUAAUUACUAUCGUUCUACUUCCAAGUUGGCCAAGGCCUAAAUGUAAUAAAUUCCUAAAUAUAAAAAUAUUUUGUCCUAAAUGUAAUAACAACUUGCCCUAAAUGUAAUAAACUCUUUUAAGUUGCCAAUAAACAUAUGUACAGUAAUUUCUCGAAUAAGCGCCGCAUUUGGGGGCGAGGAAGUUUAAUAAGCGCUGCGGCGCUUAGUCGCGUAAAUACGGUACUAAGCGGUAUUAUUAUGGUAUUAAGCACUGCCUUCAAAUAAGCGCGGUGAGGUUAAUUAGCGUAAAUUCGGCACAUUUAUUUAUGCACUGUGGGAUAGCUCUAAAUGCGAAGUUUAUCCGUUCCACGCAAACGAAACCCGAGUCUGUUUCGGCUAUAAAAUUCAAUUGGAUUUGAUGCUCUGUCUCCUGUAACCUCGCAAAAAGAUUUUGGAGUAACGGUUACUGGUGACCUUACGUGGAACCAGUACAUAAACAAUGUUAUCUCAUAAGUACAGUGUUACUGAACAUUAGCAUUUCUUCGAAGACACACCUGCUGCGAUUUUGACACUGACAGACACCAGAAGACUUUUGUACCUUACAUUUUUACAUUUGACAGAUCUCCCCUGAAUCUGGGCACCUCAAUCUAUAGGAAAUAUCUCUAAAGUUGAAAGUCUUCAAUGAAGAGCUACAAAAUUUAUGUGAAACUUAAGUUGAACGGAUUCUACCAGCUAUCAGGAGAGGCUUAUAAUAUUAAACUGAACCUUUUGCCUAUUUUUUUAUUUAAUGAAAUCAAUGAUCUUCUUUUCAAUUCUACUUCAGAUGCCAAUUAGGUCACUACAAUAUCUGUCAUAAUGAUUUUGUACAGCAGCUUAGUUUUAGAUUUGUCAAUUUCUAAGUGCCGCACUACAUUGUUUUAAAAUAGUUAUUUUAAUCGUUUACCUAUUAGUUAUGGAAUUAUCUACCAGCAUCUAUCUGCUCUGUUUUAAUCUCAAUAAAUACAAAUUCGUCAAGUCCCUGAGCUCUAUGGACACGAACAGAGUGCCUUCGCUAAACUUUACUACGUCAACAUUUUCAGCACGUGAAAAUCAAUCUGCCCCAAGUGCUGCGUUGCACGUAACACUCAUGUCUUUGAAGUAAUAUAUGCUGUUACGACAGUUAUAAUUAAUGUCUUUUUAACACUCAUGAAAUUUUUUAGCCUUCUUAGUAAAUAAAUAUUAAUUUUUUAGCUGUUUAUUAUGGAUAAUUUAAUAGAUUUAGUGUACUUAUCUAGUCAUUUAUGAAAAUAAUUGUUUCUUAAAGGCGCACUUUAACUGAGGCCUCGCUCUGUUGUGUCACUCUCGCCAUUGGUUUUGUUUUCGCUUGGUAGAAUUUUUAUUUAUUUAUUUAUUUAUUUAUUUAUUUAUUUGUUUGUUUAUUUAUUUAUUUAUUUAUUUAUUUAUUUAUUUAUUUAUGUUUGGUAAAAGGAUCAAAUGCUGCACUACACUACGUCAACAUACACACACAAAAAAUAGAAGUCUCGCUCCGGCAAUAUACACACCAUGUUAGAGGGUGUGCUCACGGUUCGGUUCAUGGUGCAUCCAAUUCAAGACUAACAGACAGGUACUUUUUUUAUUAUGCGGUCAUAACACAUGAAAACCGGACAACUGUUUUUAAAGUACAGAUGCAGACAAAACGUUACCUGCUUGAAGAAAAGCUAGUACGAGACACCUUCUUCACUUUGUCUUUGUCACUACCUAGUAAGGAAGUGUUUUAACUGCUUAAUUAAUUGAUUAUUAUAAAAUAAGUUAUUUAAAAUGUUAUAGAUUUAAACUUUUAUUCACAACAUGGCUUGCUUAUAUACAGGUAAUUUUUCUGUGUGGGUUUAGUUUCCAAAGGAGCCUUCAGUUUUUGUGACCGUUGCACAUCACCAUGCAGGACUGAAGAGAGACGCUGCCAGUAUUUGGUUGGAGGAUAUCACGCGAUCUUCCUUUAAAAUAUGUUUAAGGGAACUGCAAAAUUACGCGGGUUCACAUGAGGACAUCUAUGUCGUAUGUAGUAUACUUCAAUUU